AUGACGGAGCUUGUGGUGUAUGAGAACCACGACGUGUUCCUAGAGCACCCAACACGCACCCGCAUCCCCCUGGAGUUGAGCACACUAGAGAAAUUCUUGUCAUUCGUCUCGGCGAGCAUUGCGGCAUCCUACGGGGACGCAACGGCAGCUGGUCGCUACCGCUUCGUCUACUCAGUGACAGGGAAGCCACUGUGGCGCGUGACGGACUGCCGUGAGGCUGGGAAGGUUGUUGUGAGCUGCACACCUGGCUUCCUGCAGCGAAAGCAUGGACCGCGUGUUCAACCAGAGAAGGAAAGGACAUCAGCGCAUCGACAGGCCGCAGGUGCCGCCACCACCACCGCCGCCGCCGCCGCCUCCGCCGUGUCUGUAGCUACACCUCCUAGGAGGGCGUCUCUGCCUUGUGGAGGAUGUUCAAGCGGGGGGUUUUCACCACUGAGGGGGUCGACUGAAAGCGAUUCAAUACGUGGCAGUGGUGUUUCUUGUGGCGGCAGUGAUGCUGAACCAAGCCGUGUCGCUGUCGCUGUUGAUGGGCGGCGGGUGGUGCUGCUUCCAACUCCCCGCUUCACGGAUCCAGCGCUCGGGGCCGGGACGGAGGUGCCACACUUGGAGAGGCUGGCAGCAGUGCAGACACUCAUUUCAUUAAAGCUUAUUGGGCGCCCGUUUCUAGAAAGCGAGCUGCUCUUCCGCACGGAGUUGGAGGCACGCUUACGACCCAUCAUUUUCGGGCCGGCAAUAAAGUAUGAGAAGUCUCCCACCCGUAUAGUUAUUGAGGGCCCGCCGAAGAGUGGUGUGUCGACAGCGCUGGCGUACUGUAGCUAUUUGGCAACAUCUGCGCCGGGAGGAAAGUUUAGCGGCUGUUUGUUCCUUCCGCUCAACUUUGAACUGCUUUUUGAUGACGUGUGGAUUCAGUCAAUAGACGGGGAGCGCCCUGACUCGAGCAGCACUGUUGGAGGCGGUGAUGCCAGACGACAUGAGACAACUCUUUUGGAUGUUCCUUUCUUCUUCACGACGGUGGUGCGGUGGGUGGUGGACUGUGCAGUAGCACAGCGACCGGCCCUGCGAGACGGCAGCGAUGUACUUAUUGAGGCGUGGGAGAAGUUGGUGACAGACCACCACAACAACAGCAGCAGCAGCAGCAGCACCCCGGUGCGCUUCGGUGGCUCGCAAUUGGCGCGGCUCGUUGGCCAUCGGACGUUGUACCAGUGGGAGGCCUUUGCGGCAGCGGCGAUACAUGUUUUGCGUGCAGUAGUGGCUUCGCCACAUGAUGUGCAGUUGCGUGACGCAUUUAUUGAGACUGUGCUGGUGGCUUUUGUGGCGCAAAUGGCGUCGUCUCUGCACUUCUCUGGCGUACUGUAUGUCGUUGAUGGUCUGCGCUGCAUUUCAACAGUGCUGCAGCAUCGCGUGCAGCGACCAGCAGGUGAUGCCGGCGUCUUUCUCCGGUGUGUGAUGCAAAAGAAGUGGGCGCAUGUCAUUGCCGGAGUCGACACACUCGCACUUUCACCGUGCAGCAUGCUGUUUCCCGCCCACGUGCACCGCGUAGGGCUGCUGCACCUUCUCUCCCCCGCGGUGCUCACGACAGGCUACGGGUUCCCAGGGGCCAUUCAGUGCGGUGGGAAGAGGUUCCCGCUGCAGCUGCUGUUGGGUGCGCCUGGUUACCUGCAGGCGUUGCACGCGCUG